CAGAAUAAAAACAUGGCGAGAAUGCCAUUGUGUUUUAAAUGAGUGUGAAAAAUCUCAUAUAGUGCAAUAAACAGUGUGAGAAAGUCUGAUUUUCUAAUGCUGGACUUGAGAACAAGUGUUCACACACGUGGUGGGAUGGAGUUUUAGAGUGAUUGAAAGCGUGCAGAGGUGUUUUCGUGGAACAAAAGCAUUGUCCGCUGCGAAGAAGUGGAAUAUUGCAAUAGAGGAUGCACAGUGGCGCUGUUGUGAGGGAGAGUGACGGGCGGGACGGCGGGGAGGAGGUGAUGGAAGCCUCGGCGGAGGUCAAGAUGCUGGAGUGCCUCACGGAAAUCACUCAGAACCCGGAAAAGGUGAAGAAGAGUGAGUCCAACACUGCAAUGACGAGCAGUGUGGCGAGCAUUCUGGACGACACCACGCCCAGUGACUCGGGCGUUCACCUGCUGGACUCGGAGAGCAGCGAGUUGAAUGAGUCCAUCAUGUCCAGCAGUGGCUUCGACUUCGAUGGAGCAUCGGCUGAGGGGAAGAUCACAGCUCAGACCAUCUGCGAGGAGCCAGUGGUGUGCGAAGAGGAGAAAGCUGUGACUGGCAUGACAAAGAGUGACAUUGAGAACUCCAAUGUGAUGGAACACUUGCCGAUGGAAGCGUGCGGAGACGCUGGUCAGCAGAUUCCCGACGAGAUGGUCUCGAGUACUUGCUCAACCUUCGACACGGAGGCCAUUGUGUACCGCCGGCGGGUGAAGAAGGGCAAGUCUGGUGCUCAGAGUGCCCCCAAGAAGCGUGUCUCCUUCCACGAGGACAUUCUGAAGAACACAAAGACGGACAACAUUCACAUUGAGCACGGAUUCAUCACGUACAAGGGCGCGGCGGCGAAGAAAGCGCCGCACGUGAGUCGGUAUUCUUGGUGCUCUGAAGGCGAUGGAGAUGAUAUGAAUGAGAACAGCCAGUAUGUCUAUCGGAAUGCGUGCUCCGACGUGUUGGAUUACGGGAAGACGGACAUUUAUGAAAAUCCCGUGGCAAACUACAUUCCGUACGAUAACUCGGGCAUUUUCGAGUAUGGACCGCAGUAUCGGGAGAGAGGAGAGCUGUACAGAUGCCACUGUUCCGACUCCAACUCCAGCCUCGAGUCCAAUGAGGCGGAUGAGCGCAAUUCCAACCAGAGGAGGAACUAUCAGCAGGCAAAGUCCAGCUCGUGUGACUGCAUUGGGAGUCAUCAGAACAAUAAUGGGCCGAUUAUCACAGAGAAUUGCUACUUUUCCGAGCCGAGCAUGGACACAAUGCGUGAGAAUGGAACUCAGCAGAAGUCUGUGUGGAAUAAGGAGAGGAAGCCGAAGAGUAGUUGCCUGAAGAAGACAACUAAACACACAGAUAUCAUCAAUGAGUAUAACUUGAAUGGCACAGUGAAGAAGUACAACAUUCAUCAGUUGCCAGAAGUGAAUAAUUUCAUUGAUAGCAAGACAAUUUUUGGGAGUUUGAAGAACAUAUUCAGUAUUCCGCUGCCGGAAAGGGGUGUUCCUGAGGGAUCUGAGGAUCUGCAGUCGGUGUGUGAGUGUAUUCCGGAGGGAGACAGUCGUCCUGAAUCUCCUGUGCGUCCACGACCGUUUCUCUCGAAGAGUCUCGAUCAGGGAUUGACGAAAAAGUCGCCCGGCAGCAAGAAGUACAUUCACAAUGUGGACGAACAGCUGCGCCGGAAGAAUGAUGCCGAUCUCUAUGCUCCGACGACUGUGGAGAGUCGCAAGAACAGCACAGAUCUGCUGUCCAGUGAGAUUUCUCAAAUUACCGACAGUCAGUCGACUUACAGGAACAAGUUCAUUAUCAAUUGCGAGAGCACAGUGUUUGAGCACACGGGCGUGUCGUAUGAGGCGCAGGAUGGGGAGAAAGUGGUGCCGUUGGUGAAGGAUGUUGAGGCCGAAAGCACAUCUUUCCUGGCAGUUCCAUUCACACGGAAGCUGAGCAGUAUCUUCAGGGGCUUCAAGGAGAGUCCACCGAAGCAAGAGAGCACAAAAUCUCCCUCUGAGGAGGCAAAGUUUAUCCUUGUGGGCGCAACGGCUGAUGAUAAGACAGCCAAUAAGCCUCCAUUGCCGACAGAUGCUGGAAAGAGAGGAGGAGAAAAGAAGACACGAAAUGUCAUGGAAUGCAGCAUCACAUCGAAUUCAAGUGAUAGGAAUUCGACAAUCUCAGACAUCACAAGUCUCACGUCCAGCACAGCGCCAACCAGUGAGCGUCAACUGGAUGGAUUUGCCAAGAUCUUCGGCGAUGGAUCGCCACAGCACUCGAGACACUUGGCGUCGCCGGUGAGGAAGAAAUCUCUGACAACAAGACCACCAGAGCGUCACAGAAUGAGUCCGGAUCUCUUCAAUUCCGGACGUGAUUCGAAGAAUACGAUGCUCUCUGAGGAAUUUGACGAUAUUCUCACCAUAACAACUGAUGCCAGUGAUAAGCCAGAUAGCGAUAUGGUUAUCGUUGACUAUCCGGAUGUGACAAUUCCCGAUCGUCCAGAAUUGAGUGACUUCUUCAAGCCGGCCACGUCGAAAACAUCCCUGAUCAAUCGCUUCCUGCGCCAUGUGACGCAGAAGAAGAUCAUCGAUGCCACAAUCAAGAGAAAUCAAUUCUUCCUCUCGAAGAUGAGUGCGGAGAAGAAGGUUUGCGGGAAUUUGUAUGUGAAGGGCGUGAAGCCGAGGAAUCAGGAGUUGAUUGAGGAUCUCAAUGCGGAAAUUGCGCUGGAAAUUGAGAUGUCUGGCUAUCGUCAAGGGCGCCGGGAGCGCUGUGAAUUGUCACGCUUGCACAUUGACAUGGGCGUUGGUGAGAUUUCUGUUGAGAUUUUCAAUGGCAAUUGCCUUCAUAUCUUGCGCAAUGAGUCGGAGAAUCUCAUGAAGGUCUUCAAGCUGUAUGCUGGCUACAAUCGCGAUGGCACAAUGACACCAGUUCUGGUUUUCCUCACGGACAAGACUCUCUAUGUGACGGAUUUGGUGCGGAAUCGUCUGUGCAAUAAAUUUGUGCUUCCCUACUCGGAACUGGAUGUUAUUUUGAUGGGACCUUGUGGGAAUACAGUGCUGUUGUGCAAUGGAGCCAGAGAUAUGCAGCAAGUCCUUCUCGCUGGUGGUCCUUAUCCUGCUGAUGCUCUUGUCUCUAGUUUGGAGAUCUGUGCUCGCCGUGGAGGCUCAAUUUUGCCGGCAGUUGGACAAUUGACACUUGAUCACUUGGCGCCAUUGCAGGCUUUUGUGCGUGACAAUUCGUCGAUUCCCAAGGGAGAUGCCUGGCAAUAUUAUGCAGUGGUGAACAUUCCUGCGGUGGGCUUGAGUCUGGAGAAGGAGCCGCUGGGGCCGUACGUCCGAGGGCCGCUGAUGCACAGGAAUUUGAGUCAGAAUGGUGUGGCACAGCCUUGGUAUGCCAGCUAUUUUCUCCUCAAGGCUGGAGUGCUAUAUAUGUUCUCUGAUGCUGGUCAGAAGAUCCCUUCGUGGGCCAUUGCCCUGACAGAGUGUCAGGGUGCCAGGCGGGCCAUCAACACCACUCGUCCGCACUGCUUUGAGUUGAUGCUGCGCACUGGAACACUCCAGUUGGCCGCUCCGGAUGAGUAUGUGGCGUCUGAGUGGCUUCAAGCACUCGUGCAGUCGGCCAGUGGUUUGUUUGAGAUGCAAGAGAGACACUCAACACUUGGCUGCACACUCAUCAUGACGGCCAAUCACUUGAUAACACUGCGUGAGGACUUUGCAGCGCCACUGAGGCGGGUGAAUUCUGUGUGUCCCAAGUCGCCGUCGAAGGAGAAUAUCGAUCUCAAUGGACGCACACUGUCGCCAUAUGACUCUUCCAGUGAAUUCAGCUCCACCAUGAGCACACCGACGAGGAAUGGCGAUCGGAGAUCCAACUCAAGCUUGAGUACACCUGUGAGGAAUGUGGGAAAGGCCGCAGGACUUCAGCAGCUGUUGAGUCCUCAGCGCGAUGUGGCGAGCAGUGAGAAGAGUUACUCCAGCAUGAGUAGCUUUUACGGGAAGAAUUCAGGUGUUGAGAUACUCACUUGUGCGGCAAUUGACGAGAUGGUGACUCUGAAGAUUCCUCUGGCGCCCAACAAUUGGUGGUGCGUCUUGGAAUUCUCAUGUCAGGAAGUGCGUGAAAAUUCAGAUGAUUUGGUAAUUUUCUUCGCCACCAAUUCAGAGAUGCGUCGCUUCUUGUCGAUGUUGGAGAGAAUGUGGCAAGCGAAGAAGGAUGAUCAGUUCCCAGUCACUCUCAUCUCCGAUGAGGAUCUCGUUGGCGAGCAUUGUACAAAGUUAUUUGGGGAGAUCAACAAGUCCUGGGAACCUCUUCUCUCCGCUGCACUCGGAUAUCCUCAGUAAAUAUCCUCUGGCGCUGCUUUCUUCGUCCUGUGUUGAGCCAAA